UUUCCGGUCGGAGGCAGCUGAUUAGCCGGAAUUGGUCACUCCUUCAGCUGCUAAACUAGCUGUCAUCUUCCACCUGGACUCGGUUCACCUGUCGCUGAGCAGCUGUCCGCUGAGGACAGCAGGAGCAGACUGACUCCCCCCAGCUCCGAGGUCGUCGCGAGCUUUAACACUUGAAACUUUCACCUCGCCCAGCAGCGGAUGCUAGCUGCUAGCCUAGCCGUUAGCCUGACUGACGGGACAUGGAGAGCUUCUAGCUGAGUCCCGGACAGCUCUCCUCUCCCGUCCCCGCGCUCAGCGCCCCGCACGGCCCCCCGGAGUGAUGCCAUUCAGGCCCCUGGGCUCUUGAACGUGGACCAUGGCGGCCUCCCAGUGGGAGCUUCCUCCGGAGCUGUGCUGCCGGCCCAUGGCCUUCGUGGCCCUGACCGGUCUGGACGUGGUGUACAACGCCGUGCACCGCGCCAUCUGGGACGCCUUCUGCGCCAACCGCCGCGCCGACCGGGUGCCCAUCUCCUUCAAGGUGCUGCCGGGGGACCACGAGUACCCCAAGUGUCGCACAAAGCGGACUUCGUACGAGUGGUACAUCCCCAAAGGCAUCCUGAAAACAGGCUGGAUGAACAAACACCUGAACCUGGUCCCUGCUCUGGUGGUCCUGUUCUACGAGCUGGACUGGGACGACCCGCAGUGGAAGGAGAAGCAGUCCGAGUGUGCAACUAAGGUGGAGAUCGUACGGACCAGUCUGCAGGGCAGGAACACCAAAGUGGCCGUGGUUUUAAUCCAGAAGAAAACUCCUCUGCCUCCCGGAGAAGACCUGGUGGCGUCGGAGCGAGCGGCGGCGCUCUGCACGGCCUGCGACCUGUCAGGGAAGAGCCUGUUCGUCCUGCCUCACACCGACCACCUGGUGGGCUACAUCAUCCGGCUGGAGAACGCUUUCUACGAGCACGCUCAGACCUACUAUUACACCGAGAUCCGCCGAGUCAAGUCGCACAAGGAGUUUCUGAACAAGACCACGCAUCAGCUGCUGUUUGUCAGACAUCAGUUUAAGAUCGGCUUCUUCAGCGAGCUCAAGCAGGACACGCAGAACGCCCUCAAGUACUACAGGACUGCAUACAGCCUGGUACACGAGCUGAGAGCGCAUGAGACCAACAUGCUGGAGAUCAAAACUCUGGCCGGAUUUAUCAACUAUAAGAUCUGUCGCCUGUGUUUCCAGCACAACACUCCGCUGGACGCCAUCGCUCAGUUCAGGAAGCACAUCGACCAGUGUAAGAAGAAGAUCGGCAGCGCCGAGCUGGCGUUCGAGCACGCCGCCUGGAUGUCCAAACAGUUCCAGUCGUUCGGCGAGCUCUUCGACGAGGCCAUCAAGCUGGGCCUGACGGCCAUCCAGACGCAGAACCCCGGGUUCUACUACCAGCAGGCGGCGUGCUACAGCCAGGACAGGAAGCAGCAGGCGCUCACGCUCUGCCAGGCUGGAGCCAGCUACCCCUCCCCCGACCCCCUGGACACGCAGAGCGGAGGACUGGACUUCUACGGACAGAGACACUGGAGACAAGGACACCAGAGCAUCGACCCUCCAGACGCAGAGAAGGAGAAGACGGGGAUCCUGGCCCUGCAGAUGAAGGAGAGAGACGUUCCUCACUCGGAGCUGAUCAUCGCCCUUCUCAGUAACGCCGUGGCCCAGUUCAAGAAGUACAAGUGUCCCCGAAUGAAGAGUCACCUCAUGGUGCAGAUGGGAGAGGAGUACUACCAUGCUAAAGAUUACACCAAAGCUCUGAAGCUGCUGGACUACGUGAUGUGUGACUACCGUACGGAGCGCUGGUGGGCUCUGCUGACCGCCAUCCUGACCACGGCCCUGCGCUGCGCCUUCCUCAUGGCCAGUGUGAAGGACUACACGGUGUACUGCAUGGAGCUGCUGGGCCGAGCCUCCACCCUGAAGGACGAGCACAAGGCCCGGAUCGAGAAGAACCUGCUGCGAGUGCUCCAGAACCAGGUCCCGGACCCCGAGCCAGACUGCGACCCGGCUUCCGUCGGCGCCGCCCGCACGCUGUGGAACGACCGCAUGGCGCUGAGUGGCUCCAACGAGCUGACCGUGGAGGUCCAGGACUACAUCCCAUUCAUCCAGUGUAAAGGGAGGUUCCAGUCGCCCAGUUUCCACGUGGACCAGCCCAUCCUGCUGCAGGUGUUCCUCCGGGCCGACUGUCCUCAGCCUGUAGCCUUCAGCAAGCUGGCUGUGAGCCUGAGCAACCAGGAAUAUAACCAGUGGUGUGUGGCGGAGGCGUCGGGCUCCGACAGCAUGACUCUGCUUCCUGGGAAAACCCGCAGCUUCAGCUUCAGCUUCGUGGCCAAAACCGAAGACGUGGGGAAGAAGAUCGAGGUGACGGGCGUGGAGCUGAUGCUGGGCGCCGCUGCCGGCCGCUGCGUGUUCCUGAGCUGGAGAGGAGCCGGGGGAGACGCCGCCUCGGCGCACGAGGCGCUGCAGGCCAGCCGGUCGUCACGGCGAUGGGGGCGGGGCCUGGAGGCCCGGCAGGAGCCCAGCUGGGACAGUCUGAGCCUGCAGCCCAGCACCAUGAUCAUCUCCAGAGUCCCCCGGAUCUCCGUCCAGCUGAGCCACCAGCCGCCGGCCCUCACCAACGAGCUGUACCGCAUCGGCAUCAGCGUGCGGUCCGAGGAGGACGCCACGGCCAGGGACGUCACGCUGACGGCGGGACUCAAACCAGGUCAGGACGCCGGUCUGAGCCAGACCACCCAGGUGACCCUGGACGGCUCGGUGGUGUGUGACGACAGCUGUCCCUCCCUGAUCCCCGACAUCCCCCUGGGUACCCUGGAGCCGGGUCAGAGGCUGGACCGGUGUGUGUACGUGACGUGCGUGUCGACCGGGCCCAGGGUCUUCCUGUUCCACGUGGCGUACAGCGUGGACACCAGCGUGGACGGACGCCGCAUCGUCUGCAGAUGCCACAAGGAUGAGACGGUUACCAUAGAGACGGUGGUCCCAUUCGAGGUGUCCGUCAAGUUUGUCUCCACCAAGUUCGAGCCUCUGGACCGGGUGGCUGUGGACGUCCCCUUCCUCCUGAUGACAGACGUCCAGUCGUCGUCGCCGUGGCCGCUGCUGCUGUCCUCCUCGUCCCUGACGCUGCUCGCCAUGAGCAGCACCUCGGCCCAGCUGCAGUCCCAGGUCCAGGACGUGGUUCUGGAGACCGGGGAGUGUGCCAGCGAGUGCUUCAGCCUCCGAUGCCCCGCCCACAACAGCAGCAGUAACGCCGUGGCCACCGGACAGUACCUGAUCUCCUGGAGGAGGCAGUCCUCCAGUGCAGACAGCCCGCUCAUCCAGACCACCGUCACUCUACCUCACGUCAUCCUGGAGCCCGUUCCCGUCUACAUCCACGCUGACCUGCCGUCGUUCGGGCGGGUCCGGGAGUCUCUGCCGGUGCGUUACCACAUCGAGAACCGCACGGCGCUGGUGCAGGAGGUGGAAAUGGCCGUGGAGCCGUCUGAUGCCUUCAUGUUCUCUGGACUCAAACAGGUCCGUCUCCGUAUCCUCCCUGGCUCAGAGCAGCAGAUGCUCUAUAACUAUUACCCGCUGAUGGCCGGUUACCAAACACUACCGCAGCUCAACAUCAGUCUGCCGCGCUGCCAGACCUCCAACUCACAGGCACUGAGACGCUUCCUGCCACAGCGCAUCUUCGUAAAGCCUCAGGGACGACAGCUGGACGACGCCUCCAUCGCGGCGGCGUGAGGAGGAGCUGACGGAGCUUCCUGUACAUAGCAGAGGACGGCGGCUGUAGAGUCACAGAUAUUAACACUAUUGUUGCCCAUUGUUCUGUGUGAACUGCACGCGGUGAAGCUUCCGGUGGUUUGGAGCGGCUCUGCCUGCAGCGGGAUGUGAUGAAGGCUUGAUUAAACUGAAGUGAUGUAAA